GCUUCGUGGUGAGGAGGUGAGGUUCAGCCACGCGGAGUCGACUUGCUCUGAGAAGUCAGGGGGCGAAAGGAGAGGACGCGCGAGGGAACCGAGGCGACCAAUAGGUCUCUGCACGUGCAGCUGUGUCUCAGGAGCCACAAAUAAGGGAGGAGAUGGAAUACAUGAAAGAGCCUGCAACCUUCAGCCAGGGAAACAUCCUGUGCUGCCAGUGUGGUAUUGCAAUCCCACCAAACCCAGCUAACAUGUGCGUGGCAUGUUUACGGACCCAGGUGGACAUCACGGAAGGGAUCCCUAAGCAGGUCAUUGUUCACUUCUGCAAACAGUGUGAAAGGUAUCUUCAGCCUCCAGGAACUUGGGUGCCAUGCGCCUUGGAAUCAAGAGAGCUUCUGUCAUUGUGCCUUAAGAAAAUCAAAGCUUCCCUCAGCAAGGUACGGUUAAUCGAAGCCGGAUUUGUAUGGACUGAACCACACUCCAAAAGACUUAAAGUAAAGUUGACUGUGCAAAAAGAGGUAAUGAACGGUGCAAUUCUUCAACAAGUCUUUGUGAUAGAGUAUGUUGUUCAUUCUCAAAUGUGCGAUGACUGCCAUCGAGUUGAAGCUAAGGACUUUUGGAAAGCAGUGGUUCAAGUCAGACAGAAGACCGUGCAUAAAAAGACUUUCUACUACUUGGAGCAGUUGAUUUUGAAACAUAAGCUUCAUCAGAACACACUUCGGAUCAAAGAGAUUCAUGAUGGCCUGGAUUUCUACUAUGCUUCAAAACAGCAUGCUCAGAAGAUGGUGGACUUUCUUCAGUGUACAGUUCCUUGUAGGUCUAAAUCAUCCCAGCGUUUGAUCUCUCAUGACAUUCAUAGCAAUAUCUACAACUACAAAAGCACUUUCUCACUGGAGAUUGUUCCCAUAUGCAAGGACAAUGUUGUAUGUCUGUCUCCAAAACUGGCUCAAAGCCUUGGAAAUAUGAGCCAAAUCUGUGUUUGCAUCCGGGUAACCAGCACCAUUCACAUCAUUGAUCCUAAUACGCUACAGAUGGCUGAAAUUGAUGGAAGCACCUACUGGCGUCAUCCUUUCAACAGCUUGUUCCAGCCAAAGCAGUUAGAGGAAUUUAUUGUAAUGGAUAUCAGCAGAGUCCAUAACAAAAAGCAGAGUGCUGGUGCAGGAAUGCAAGCAAACAAACAUAUGCUUGCUGAAGCCUGGGUACAGAAGACAUCAGAACUGAAUACAGAUCAGCAGUAUUUCUGUCGCACUCAUCUGGGGCAUCUUUUAAAUCCUGGCGACCUUGUGUUGGGAUUUGACUUGGCCAAUUGCAACCUAAAUGAUGAAUUUGCAAAUAAGAUGAAUCCCCAGACAGUUCCUGAUGUGGUAUUAAUCAAGAAGAGCUAUGAUCGCACAAAGCGCCAGCGUUGUAGGAACUGGAAACUGAAGGAACUAGAGAGAGACAGAGAAGGCAUGGAUACAGAUGAUGAAAGGCAGUACCAGGAGUUCUUGGAAGAUCUUGAAGAAGAUGAGGCCAUUAGAAAAAAUGUCAAUAUAUUUAAAAAUCCAGUCAUUCCAGUGGAGAGUGACACAGACGACGAGGGUAUUCCCCGGAUUAGCCUUGCAGAGAUGUUGGAGGAUCUCCAGAUAUCUCAAGAUGCUACUGGUGGAGAGGGUGCUGAUAUGUUAAUGGAAUGAGCUGGUGGAUUUUGUUAAUGUGAACAUUGUUCUCCUGUAAGAAAAGAAACGUCCCUGCAGACAUCUAUCACAAGCAUUCAUACAGACUUGAGUUUGAAAAUAAUUAGUUUUGAACAGUGAAUUCUGCAGGAAAGUACCAUUAAUGGUUAAUAAACUUCUGGAAUAGGUGAUCGAUCUGAAAGGAUUUCUGUCAUUUCCCCCCACAGAGUUGAAGCAUUUUUCUGCGGUGGUAUGCCCCGGUGAUACCACUCUUUUACCAAUCUGUCCCAUACAUUGUUAUCCUGUUUUCCAUGGAGUCCAAAGCAGUGCGUACUGCCUCUACUAACACUUUCUCAUGGGUCCAGACUCAACACUGUCUUCUCUACCACACAGGAUCUAUAUAAGCCAGCUUUCACCGUGUAUCAAGAUGUACAUAAGGACAUAAGAGCCCUGCUGGAUCAGACCAGUGGUCCAUCUAGUCCAGCAUCCUGCC